CCCUCAGGACUUCUCGGAGACUGCUCUGCCAUGACCACCGCGCGGCACCGGCCCACGUGGGACCUGGCCCUCGACCCGCUGGUGUCGUGCAAGCUGUGUCUCGGGGAGUAUCCAGUGGAGCAGAUGACGACCAUCGCCCAGUGCCAGUGCAUCUUCUGCACUCUGUGCCUGAAACAGUACGUGGAGCUCUUGAUCAAAGAAGGACUAGAGACCGCAAUCAGCUGCCCCGAUGCCGCCUGCCCUAAACAGGGCCGCCUGCAGGAGGAUGAGAUUGAGUGCAUGGUUGCCGCUGAAAUUAUGCAAAGAUACAAAAAGCUACAGUUUGAAAGAGAAGUGCUCCUGGACCCCUGUCGGACAUGGUGCCCGGCGUCCACCUGCCAGGCUGUGUGCCAGCUCCAGGACAUGGGCCUGCAGAACCCACAGCUGGUGCAGUGCAAAGCCUGUGCCAUGGAAUUCUGCUCUGCCUGCAAAGCCAGCUGGCACCCUGGCCAAGGCUGCCCGGAGACCAUGCCGAUCACCUUCCUUCCCGGAGAGACCAGCUCUGCUUUCAAACUGGAGGAGGACGACGCACCCAUCAAACGCUGUCCCAAGUGCAAGGUCUACAUCGAGCGGGAUGAGGGGUGCGCCCAGAUGAUGUGUAAGAACUGCAAACACGCCUUCUGCUGGUACUGCCUCGAGUCUCUGGACGAUGAUUUCCUCCUGAUCCAUUACGAUAAAGGACCCUGCCGGAAUAAGCUGGGCCAUUCCAGGGCGUCUGUCAUCUGGCAUCGGACACAGGUCGUGGGCAUUUUUGCUGGAUUUGGGCUCCUGCUAUUGGUGGCCUCGCCUUUCCUGCUCUUGGCCACUCCAUUUGUACUUUGCUGCAAGUGUAAGUGCAGUAAAGGUGACGACGACCCAUUACCCACCUAGAGGAAGACACGAUGCUGGAACAAGACCCUGCCUCUGGGAAGCGUGGCUCUCCCCCACCCCGCCCCACCGUCCCCGCUCACUAAACAUCUUUCUUGCCUUAUGUGCCCCAAUUGAGCUUCACAGUGUCACGCUGGAUGCCGUGAUUUCAGGGACUAAUGUCAGAACUUCUGCUGAGGCCCUGGGGGCAGUCACCUGGGUGUGGGGAAGGCAGGCUGGCGUGGGGAGGGCACGUCACCACAAUCCGUCUCUGCCGACUUGACAAGGGAGGUGCUGCACGGAGCGCACCAGGCGGUUUUCUCCCAGUGGGGAUAGACUAGGAGUGUCUGAUGGUUGCUUAAGAGACCCUUUUGUGCAAAAUGUCGUCCGUCUCCUCCUUGGCGUCAAGAUGGUGCCAUGUUGCUGGGAGAAGAAGUCUUUUGAGGAUUGCAACUCACUUCAGACAGAAUCCGAUAAUUCUGACUUGAGAAAAGCACUCUGUUUAUGACAACUGUUUUUAUUACUAAUGGCAUUUAGUAAAAUCCUUUUUUAGAAGGCGUU